AUGGAAGAAGGUGCCCCUGUUUGGCAAAAGGAGGCGGCAAAAUUUUCUGCCGCCAACAGCACCGUCAUUGCCCCACCAGAAUCCCGCACUGUUGUGGGUCUUGGGGAUGGUGGUUCCGCAGCUUUGAAUGCCAUUAGAACUGGUGAAGGUGAUAAAGAUAGUCUUGAUAGCCGGAAAGCUUGUAAUAUGGGGGACUUUGAUGUGGGUGGAGGUGAUUGUUCAUCUUCUGCGUUUCAUGAUAGGGCGAAAUUGAGGAAAAUGUUUCAUGAUGGGGCUGUUGGUGACGAUUUGUUGUCCAAGAAUACGAUGGUCUUGCCUAGUCAUGGUUCUGAUAUAAAAGCAAGCUGCAAUGAUUUACAGCUUGAAUAUGUGAAGCCUGUUAUUAAUAAUGUGAAUGGUUCUGUGAUGAUCCCUGCAGAUGUAGUCAAUAGGGGGAGCCUUCCAUAUUCUCAUACCCUUUAUGGGGUUUUCAUUGAAGAAAAGGCGAUCGAUUUUUCCUUAGUUGAAUACCAUAUUUGUAACAUGUGGAAAACACAUGGCAUUGAAGAUGUCAUGGAGAACCAUAAGGGUUUCUAUUUUUUCAAAUUCAAGACUGAUGAAGGAAUGUUUUUAGCUCUAGAAAAUGGACCAUGGACCAUUAAUAACAUCCGUAUUUUUCUCAAGAGGUGGACUCCAGGUUUAGUUCUUGAUAAGUCUAAACAUGAUAAUCUCAAACUCCCUGUUUGGAUUACAAUCUAUGACAUUCCUCUUGAGUUAUGGAACAAGGAAGGGUUGAAUAUUAUUGCUAUUAUGCUUGGUAAUCCUUUGGCAGUUGAUACUUGUACAGCAAGGAUGUGUAUGAAGGCCUCUGGUAGAGCUGGAUAUGCUAGAAUUCUGGUUGAUUUUAAGGCAACUGGAAAUUGGGUUGAUGAGAUUUCUGUUUCUAUUCCUUAUGGCAAUGGAUACUCAUUGUCCACUCUUCGGGUUGAGUACAGUUGGAAACCAGGUAACUCUUCUUUUUGCAAGGUGUUUGACCAUAUGCAUACGGAUAGCAGUUGUAUUCCCCAAAAAGUUUUGGCAAAGAACAAAGACAAUGAACUUAAUGAGAAAAGGUUGAAGAAAGAAGAAGAAGAGAGGGAAGUCAAGAGAAGAUAUAAGGCACAGCCUCAUCUGUAUACUAUUAUCAAGGUUGCGCGUGAUGAAGACAUGUUACAACAGAUUGGGAAGGAUAUGUAUUUUGAUCUUGUCGACCAUAAUAAAGUCCGUAGCUUUUAUAUAAUGAAGCAAAUGGUAUUUAAACUUUUCAAGGAAGAGGUUGCCAAAGAAUUUGGUGUGCCUGCUCGAUUUCAACGGUUCUGGAUAUGGGCGAAGAGACAGAACGACACAUACCGUCCCAAUCGCCCUUUAACAGCACAGGAGGAGACACAAUCGGUAUAUGAUGACGUGGCUUUUACCUGCAUCGUCACUUUAAAGAUUUGCGUCCUCUUCCACCACCUGACAAAAGCAAACAAGAUAUUCUUGUUUUUUUUCAAGCUUUAUGAUCCUGAGAAGGAAGAACUCAGAUACGUUGGUAGGUUUUUUGUGAAGAGUUGUGGUAAACCGACUGAAAUAAUAUCAAAAUUAAAUGAGAGAGCUGGAUUUAGUCCAGAUGAAAAAAUUGAACUCUAUGAGGAAAUAAGAUCUGAGCCAUGUGUCAUGUGCGAACGUCUUGACAUGGAAAAGUCAUUUAGAGAUAGCGAGAUGGAGGAUGGAGACAUUAUUUGUUUUCAGAAACCAUCUCGUGCUCAGGAUAUGGAUAAAUACCGAUACCCUGAUGUUCCUUUAUUUCUGGGAUAUGUCAAAAAACGUCAGGUGAUAAAAAUACAGUGUCUGAAAACUUUGAAGAUUACCUUUCAUCAUUCUACCAAAGAAGAGCCUGUGAUUCACAAUAUUAAGCUGCCUAAGCAGAGCACUGUUGGAGAUGUCCUUAAUGAAGUUAAGACAAAGGUUGGAUUAUCUCUAUCUCACCCGGAUGCUGAACUUAGAUUGCUUGAAAUUUUUUACCACAAAAUUUACAAGAUCUUUCCAGUAACUCAGAAAAUUGAGAAUAUAAAUGAUCAAUAUUGGACAUUACGUGCAGAGGAAAUUCCGAAAGAAGAGAAGAACCUGGGAGCCCGGGAUCGGUUGAUUCAUGUUUACCAUUUCACCAAAGACAACCAGAUGCAAGUGCAAAACUUUGGGGAGCCUUUCCUUUUGAUAAUUGGUGAAAAUGAAACUUUAGCGUCUGUUAAAAUCCGCAUUGAGAGGAAGUUGGAUGUUCAUGAUGAUGAAUUUUCCAAGUGGAAGUUUGCAUUUGUAUUCAUGGGGCGUCCCGAGUAUCUACAAGAUUCAGAUGCUGUAUCUACCCGUUUUCAGAGAAGAGAUAUAUAUGCAAAUCAGAAUGGUCGCACAUUUGAGAAGCCAGUGAAAAUAUACAACUAAAGAGAAAUGCAAAGCAAUAAAUCAAUAAAAUAGUUUGUUUUUUUUUUUUGCUAGAUGGCUGUAAAAUGGUUGGUGUUACAUGAAUUUUGUGUAAAAAGUUACUCUUUACUGCUGCAGUCAGUUUAGAUGUAAUUCUUGACAGAUACAUUAGUUGGUACCAUAUGUGAGGGUAUGUGAGCAUAAAAGAAUCGAACUUCUAUUCCUACUUAUACGUGUUAAUAUGCUCACACAUGCAGACAUUAAGCUUUUGCAC